AUGAUUAUACUAUUACUAUGGUUAAGUAUAUGUUUGGCUAAUUAUAUACCUACUAGAGAUUAUGAAAAUAGAAACUAUUUUCUUGUUGAAUUAAAUACUACAAAUUCUCAACAACCAUUACUCAAUUUUAUACAAUCUACUGGUUAUAAAUUUGAACAUCAAUUACCUUUAGAUAAUCAUUACGUGUUUAGUAUUGAUAAAAAUCAUCCAGAUAAUAAUGAUUUAUCAAAAAGAAAUGAUUAUGAUAUACAGUUAUUACCUCCAAAAAGAUUAGAAAAAAGAAUGCCUGUUUAUAUUAGAGAAGAUAAUAUACCUCCACAAAGUCAGACCGACCAGGCACAUAAAAAAUUGGCUCAAAUUGUUUCAAAAUUAGAUAUUCACGAUCCCGAAUUUACUACUCAAUGGCAUUUAAUAAACACAAUUUAUCCUGGUCAUGAUGUUAAUGUAACUGGUUUAUGGAUGGAAGAUAUUCUUGGUCAAAAUAUUGUAACUGCAAUUGUUGAUGAUGGUGUUGAUGCAGAAUCUGAUGAUAUUAAAGACAAUUUUAAUUUAAAAGGUUCUUGGGAUUAUAAUAAUAAUGGUAAUAUUCCUUUACCUAGAUUAUUUGAUGAUUAUCAUGGCACAAGAUGUGCUGGUGAAAUUGCAGCUGUUAAAAAUGAUGUUUGUGGUAUUGGUGUUGCUUAUAAAUCACAAGUUUCUGGUAUUAGGAUUUUAUCAGGUUCAAUAACUGCUGCUGAAGAAGCUGCUGCUAUGAUUUAUGGUUUAGAUACAAAUGAUAUUUAUUCAUGUAGUUGGGGUCCAACAGAUAAUGGUAAAACUUUAGCUGAACCUGAUUUAGUUGUUAAAAAGGCAAUGAUUAAAGGUAUUCAAGAAGGUAGAAAAAAUAAAGGAAGUAUUUAUGUAUUUGCUUCUGGUAAUGGUGGUAGAUAUGCUGAUUCAUGUAAUUUCGAUGGUUAUACGAAUUCAAUUUAUUCAAUUACUGUUGGUGCUAUUGAUUAUAAAGGUUUGCAUCCAACUUAUUCAGAAGCUUGUUCUGCUGUUAUGGUAGUUACUUAUUCAUCUGGAUCUGGUGAACAUAUUCAUACUACUGAUAUUCAUAAAAAAUGUUCAUCUCAACACGGUGGUACGUCUGCUGCUGCUCCUUUAGCAAGUGGAUUAUAUGCAUUAAUAUUAUCAGCAAAUCCUGAAUUAACUUGGCGUGAUGUUCAAUGGAUAAGUGUUUUAAGUGCUUCUCCAAUUAAUGAAAAUGAUGGAAAUUAUCAAGAGACUGCAUUAAGUAGAUUAUAUUCUCACAGAUAUGGUUAUGGUAAAAUUGAUGCUUAUAAAAUGGUUCAUUUUGCUAAAGAAUGGAAAAAUGUUAAACCACAAGCUUGGUAUUAUUCUGAUGUUAUGGAUGUUAAUCAUAGUAUUAGAGAUGGUAAAAUUAUAAAAUCAACAAUUUCAAUUACAAAAGAAGAUUUAGAUAUAAUGAAUGUUGAAAGAGUUGAACAUGUUACUGUCAGAGUUAAUAUUGAUGCAAGUUUUAGAGGUAAAGUUGGUAUGAGAUUAAUUUCACCUCAUGGUAUAAUUAGUGAUUUAGCUACUUUUAGACCUUUUGAUGCAUCUUCAAGAGGUUUCAAAGAUUGGACUUUUAUGUCUGUUGCUCAUUGGGGUGAAACAGGUAUUGGAAAUUGGACAGCUGAAGUAUUUGCCGAUGAAUCUAAAGGUGAAGUUGAUAUUAAUUUUGUUAAUUGGCAAUUGAGAUUAUUUGGUGAAUCUAUUGAUGCUGAGAAAGCAGAAGUAUAUGAUAUUACAAAAGAUUAUGCACAAGUCAGAAGGGAGAAACAAAAGCCAAAUCCUGCACCAUCUUCAGUUAUGAAUUCAAUUGUUUCAUCAUCAAUUCCAUUUUCCUCAGUUUCUAUUUCAUCAAGUAUUGUUACAUCUGAGUUGAGACCAACAAUUGCAUCAAGUAGUACUGAAACAAGUUCAACAAUUGAAGCUAGCUCUACUACAAGCUCCACAGCUUCUGCUACAGCUUCUGCUACAGCAUCUGCAACAUCUAUCCCAGAUGAAGAUAAAGAAGGUACUAACAAAGAAUAUACACCAGAUCGCACAGGAAUGUAUUUCAUGGGUUUUGCCAUUGUUGGGUUUAUAGUAGUUCUUAUCAUUAUGAAAUUUCAUAAAAGACCAAAAACUAGAAGACGCACUAGAAGAGAUGAUUAUGAAUUUGAUAUAAUACCAGGUGAAGAUUAUACAGAUUCUGAUAAUAAUUCAAAUGAUUCUUUUGAUCUAGGUGAUAGAAAUGAUCAAAGAAAUCAAGAUAGAAGAGAUGAUGAAACUAGGGAUAGAUUAUAUGAUGAAUUUAAUGCUGAAUCAUUACCUGAUUAUGAAAAUGAUAUGUUUAAAAUUGAAGAUGAUGAUGAUUUGACAAAUACAAAAGAUGAUAGAAAUAAAAAUACUAAUGAAAUAGAUAAAUCAAACAAAUGA